GUCAAAGAGCUCUUCUCGAACCAGCCUCGACUACUGGAGGAGCUGAACGUGAGCUACUGCAUGGACGUCACGGACUCCUCCUUCGAGUGUCUGUGCUCCGUGCCCAGCUUCUUCGGUAACCGCGCCGUCAGCUCGUACCCCAAACUGACCAAGUUGGACGUCUCUGGCUGCCCCUCAUUAACCAAUCUGACCUGUUCUUGGGUUGCUGCUGCGUGUCCGCUGAUCCAGAGUCUCAAGGCUUCCUGCUGCGUUGGUCUCACCGACAAGGGACUUCUAGCUUUAGCAGGGUUACUGAAGCUGGAAGAGCUCGAUCUCUCUGGGUGCGUGGGCUUUACCGAUUCAGGGUUCGACAAGUUUUUCCGAACCGAUGGCAUCAACGCCCACACCACUAGGCCACCAGAAGAAGCGUCCAACUGCUUCAAGACCCUCCAACGCUUGAAUCUCUCUAACUGCCCCAAUGCCAGUGAGAAGACGAUGCUUGCGGUCAUCGGCACGUGCUCAAAAUCGCUGACGUCACUGGACAUGUCCAGAAUUGCUGCAGUCCCUGCUUCAGUCCUCGUUCGGCUGGUGAAGGCCAGUCGCUCACUAUCCGAGCUUCGACUUGCCGGUCAGUCGGGAGUCACGCGGGCGAUGCUCACGAAUCUAGCAAGCCACAACAAGGUUUUGCGAGUGCUGGACCUGCGGAACUGCGUGAAUGUCGACGACCUGGCGCUCUACCCGCUCAUAGUCAUGCAGACCAUCGAGGAGCUCUACCUCUCGAGGUGUGAUCAGCUCACCAGCCGCGGAUUCCAGAGUCUGCCGGGGAAUCUCACGCGCUUUGAGCUGCAUGGCCACCCGACCGACAAGCUGGACGACGCGUGCUGUCGUGUUCUAAGCGACAGGUUGCGGCUGCUCGAAGUGCUGGAGCUUUCUCACAGCGCAGGCGUGUCUGCUGCAGGGAUCGCUACAAUCUGGAGCAAGUGCCGCUUCCUGCGUCACCUCAACGUGUUCCAAUGUCCGCUCGUCCAAGUAUCCGACCUCGCCAAACUUCUUCGCAGCCGAGCCGAGAACCCGUACGGUCUUGAAGUCAUCGUCGACCAAGAAGAGUCCUUCAAGGGGAUCGCAGCACCCGAUCCCGACGAGGCCGCCAAAGCUCGACGACGAGAGAAGAUAUUGGGCCAUUCGGUCAAAAGUUCCCAGCUCGCGACGCUGCUCCAAGCUCGCUUUCGUGUCCGACACCGCGCGCGUGAGAAGCAGGCGGAGCUGGAUGACCGGGAAUGGGAGCAGUUCUGCGCUGCUCUGGACAUCCAGCGUGUGUUCCGAGGCUACCGCUGCCGAGUGAAGUACAGCUACACGAGACGGAAGGUUACGAGGGCUGUUGUGUUGAUCCAGUACAGGUGGAGGAAGCGACGACAUGAGCGCCGUGUUCGACGCGCUCAGAGCUACUGGACGAACCGCUCGGAGCUAAAAGUGUUUACGGCGUGGAAGUCGCUGUACCUGGAAGCCAAGCGCGAGCGGAAGCGUGCUCUUGUGGCGAUGAAGGCUGCGAAGGCGCUCAACUUCUGGGGGGAGCGCAGACUGCCAGCCAUCUUCUCUGCCUGGAAGGAACACGUCCAGCAGAAGCGCGUGAAAGCCAAGAAAGCGCUGGUGUUCUGGAAGUGCCAGUCGCUGCCUCGCGUAGUUGAGGCCUGGCGCGCGCUCACAGCGCAGGAGAAAUGGCGUCGGCAGUUGGUCAUCAAAAUCUUCUUGACUACGGUGUCACUGGAGGCGCAUAACUCCACGCCGCAGCUGGAAGGCAGAGCACGGGCCAACAUGGCCGCGAAGCGCUUGGUCUGGCGUCUGUGGCUCGAGUUUGUGCGGGACCAGAAGCUCUUCUUGCUCAAAGCGACCAUGUCCAUCGUCUGCGGCAGCUUGACCCAUUGGGCGUUCCGCCAGUGGCACCAGAACGCGCAGCGAGAGCGACAGCUUCGAGAUAAGUACCGGCGGCUAGCAGGCAAGAUCUUCCACCGCGACAAGCUGCUGGUCUGGAAUGCCUGGAUGGACUUCGUGCGGGAACAGCGCGCCAAACGACGAGCGUUCGCCAAGUUCUCGAGCAACAUCGUGACCAAGUGCUGGCUGCGCUGGCGCAAGCACCACGACGACCUCGUGGCUCUCCGCGCUGUGUCUGGCCGCGUUGCAGCUCGACUCCGGAUGAUGAACGCCGCGAAAGCCGUCAAUACUUGGUACGAGUUCACGCAAGAGCAGAUCGAGAUGCGCAACCGCCAACGUCGCGCGUUGGCCUUCUUCAUGAACGGCACUCAGGUCCGCGUCUUUGCAGCUUGGGCGGCUCACACGGAGUACGCCAAGCACUGUCGUGAACGGGUUCGGGCGAUGCUUGCGAACGCUCAGCUGGCCUUCACCUUCACGGUCUGGGUCACGCACGUCCGCGAGGUGCAGCGCGCUUAUCGCAUGGCAACGACCCUGCAGGCGUGCUGGCGAGGCGUGGUUAUUCGGCGUCAGCUCGAGAACCACUACUUGUAUAUGGUUUGGGCCACCGUCAUGAUCCAGAACGCCUGGCGUGGUCGUCUCGGCAGAGCUCUGCUGCUCGCUGCAACGCGAAAGGCGCGGCUUCGUGAAUACCUGCGCGCGGAGCGUGAGAGAGACGCCAUGGCAGCCGAGGAGGCUCACACGCGCCAAGUAGAACGCGAGCUGAGCAUGGUCAUCGUACUCCAGCGUCGGUGGCGCGGGGUGGCAGCUCGUCAUCUCUUCGAGGAGGUUCGACGCGCACGAUUCCUGCUUCGCAAGCAGCAAGAAGCGGAGAUGCAGGAGCUCGUCCGAGUGCAGGCAAGGCGUAGACAACUAGAGCGUGAACGCCUUGAGCGCACCAAGAACCUGGCUGCCAUAACCAUUCAGCGGCACAUUCGCGGAUACUUGUUUCGACGUUGGUUCGCCUCACAGAAAGAGCUGCUGGUGAAGAUCCGCUGCGCCUCACACGUGCAGGCCGUGUAUCGCGGCCGUAUUGCGCGCAGACGUACCGCCGCUCUCAGACGGAGCUACAUCUCGCGGAUGGAAGUGCUGACUCGACGUGCAGUCGAAGGCAAGAUGCUGCGCACUCUCGGCGCACCCACGCGUCCGACUCAGCGUGGACUGCGCAGCUUCCUCGCGUUCUUUGGUCUCGACCCAGCCACCUUCCUGACCGAUAUCCGCUCUGUCUUCCGCGAGGUGCGAGAGGACUUCGACGAGCUGCGAACCUUCUUCCAUGUCGUCAAGAAGAAGGUGGACGCCAACGCCGCUAAGCAGAUUGAAGCGCAGGCCAAAGUCCUGGCUGCGGCGCCUCCGACUCUAGUGCCGGAGAAGGCUCGACGGCGGACGUUCGGCUUCAUGCGUCUGCAGAGCAAGUCCCAAGCUGCGCAGCGAUUCCUCGGUGACUUCGAGCAAAUGGUAACCAGCGCGGCAGACGAGAAGCGGCUCGAUGAGGAGCGCGUGGACCGCGGCAGCGCCGUCCGAGUUGUUUUGCCUGGGCACCCGCGCUGCGGCGAGACUGCGUUCGUAUUGAGCGUGGCCGACGGCGUGGCUCAAGUCAAGAUGGAUCUGGACGGCGAGCUCGAGUUCUUCCCUCUCUUGAUCCCAGCAACGAAGCUCGAGCCUGCCAAGCGCGUUCUGCACCGCGUGCCGGAGUUGGCGUUCUCGGCUGCAUACGCGAUCAGCGUCGCUGGUCCUGGCGGUAAGAUCAGCGCCAAGUGGAGACAGGAGCUUGAGGCCUACGCCGCGUCCAUCGCUGACGAGUCCAAGCGCUACUGCGCAGCUCGCGUGAUCCAAUGCAUGGCGCGCGUGUACUUCGCGCGCAUGCAGUACCAGCGUGAGCUGGAGCUUCAAGGAGUGAAUGCUGCGAGACGGCAGCAAGCCCUACUGCAGGUAUUGAAGACGCUGCGCUGCGCCAACACGCGAGUGGCUCGGAUGCUUGUGAUGUUGCAGCUCGUGCGCCCCAUGGACGUGCCGCCCGGACUUCCAGACAAACCGUUGGGCAUCCAGAAGGUGAUCAACCGCAUGCAGCGCUUCGUAGCUCGACGACGGGAAUUGGAGCAAGUGCUGGUGAGACUCACGCCCGUGGAGUACAAGGGUGCUUUGGUGAAUGAUCGGCAAGGACCUGUAUACUUGCCAGCGCCUUACACCCGCCUGAUCGAUCGACUGCUCCUUUAUCCGCUGCGCUGGGUCGAGCGCGCCACGACUGUGGCCGUCGCUAAGCGGCUCGCCAAGCGCGGACAGGCGGAGCUGGCGGCAUUCAUCGGCGGCGCUGAGUUCGCCAAGAGCUUCGAGGAGGAACACGCCAAAGCUCGCGAGUACUUCUUCCCUCAGCUGGCAAACUGCUCGUUCUGUGCCUCCGAAGGCUGGGCGCUUGUGCAUGGCGUCUUCCAGGAGCGGCGAGUAGCAGUCUGGGGGGCAGAGGAUCAGGAUCCCGACAAGCCCCAAAAGUUCCGCAGUGCCUUGGUACCUCACGGCUGGGGCGUUGCCCACUUCCUGACCGGCCAGGUCCAUCCAGGGAAGGCGGCAGGAAAGGCAGGAGCUGAGGCCAUCGCCAGCGUAGUCACCAAGUGGAAUUGGCUGGAGCGCAACUCCGUCGAGGCGCGCUUCAAGAGUUUGCAGAUCGUCAAGGCGCUCAAAGCCCAAGAACGUGAAGAGCGGCUGGAGGCGCAAUUGCUUGAACGUCAGGGUGUUUGGAACGCCGAGCGUUCGCGCGAAGGCCCGCGCGGGUACGCAAAGCGACACGCAGAGCUCAGUGUGCUCGAGGAGAAGACGAUCGUCUUCUUGGAGCGGUUCGAGCGCGAAAUCGCGUGGCGAGAUCGUGAGGAAGCUCGGCUGCUGCAGGAAGAAGCGCGUGGGAAUGCGCAGGCCGACAAGGAGCGCGCUGAGCUCAUAGCGCAGGGCCGAGCGUUGCACGUGCUGCAGCAACAGAAGCCGGAGGGUGUAGUCGAAGUGCAAAUCAUGGCCACGCCCAAGUCUCCGCUCGAGUUCUUGUGCGUCGGCUGCUUCGUGGAGGUCGAGCUGGACGACGAAAACUGGUACGAGGCGCGCGUCGACGCGAUUGACCCGUACGACACCUGUACAGCCGAGAUGUUCUACAUGGAGGACGGCAAGCGAGAGACCAUCAAGCUCAUCGAAGCCACUGAGACGGAGGCCAAGCAAGUGGCACCACAGGAUCGCAGCAAACUCACUCUCGCAGAGGUAACCGCUGCAGCUAAGCAAAAGGCUGCGGCAGACGCUAUUCCGUUCCGUCGAUGGCGAGCCGGUAAAGCUGCAGACGUGCUCUGGGAGGCACCACCCGACAAUGGUGCACCGAUCACGCAGUACGUGGUGGAGUGGAAGGACGAAAGCGGGGACGAGUCCCUAGCAGGUAAAGCCAUUGUGUCUGACGGGGAAUCGGUGGCUUGUCAACGGCUCUCAGCAGCACCUCCACAAGCGGGUAAUGACGCAACAAAGCCCAACGAGAUCCCAUCGACACAAAAGGCAGGAGAUGACAGUCAGCGUGGCUCCACCGGGCAGGUACCGACGAAGACGACGCUGUGGCCUAUCCUUCCACAGAGCGAGCACUCGAUGCGCGUUCGUAUUGCAGCUGAAAACGCUCAGGGCGUGGGUCUUGCCAGCGUUUACUUGGAGAUGCCAGAAGAGCUCACAGAUGUGAGCUACCAAACCGCAGUGAGACUCACGCGACCUCCGAUCGACACGACGCCACUCGAAGCGCGCGAGACAGCGGAGAUGGAGUUAGAAGACGCAGCAGAUCACCAGCUUCGAGUCAAGUUGACAUGCACUGUGUGCCAAGCCUCCGGGUUUCGUUCGAUUGAAGAGGUCGGCGAGCACAUCUGCCGAACGCACGCAGUUCCUCUCAUUUGCCCCUUCCGGUCCUGUGCCCACGUCUGCGCCUCAGAGCGCGCGCUGCGUUAUCAUCUCUGGAACUCGACGAUCAACCGCCUCACGCCGGAGGAGAAGGCCAGCGACUUCUUCGUGGAGAUCUUCGAGAGCUCACGCCAGUACUGCUUCCGGAAGUCUCGACGGCACGUGGUGCCCGGACGCGGCUUGGUUCGUCGCCAGUCAUCCAAGAAGAUAGCGCCACCACGAGACGAAUACGAGCGAGCGGAAGCCGAGCAAGCCAAGAUCGAGGAGGAAGUCUACUUGGAAGGCAAGCUCCAGGACGCCGUGAAGGUCUGGCUGGCUCGCGGUCGAAGUCUCCAGGAGCGCAACUUGGCCAAGCGCGCGAUGCUGGAACGUCGUGACCGUGAGAAUCGGCUCGAGACUCCUGCUCCACUGUUCGGAGUGGACUUUGAGUCUCCUGAGGUGAACGUGGGUCGACGCAACGCCGUCCUCGAGACGAUUCGCCUGCUGGAGCAGGAUCUGGAGGACUUCCGGGUCGAGACGAACACGCAGCUGGACACCUUGCGCCAUGACGAGGGCGAGUUGCAGGACUACAUCGCUCUCAAGAUCAAGCGCAUCAAGGCUAGCGGGGGCGAAGAGUGGCAGAAGCAGUCGCUCAAGCGCGAGAAGAAGAAGGCGGAGGUCUCGCUGGCGCAGGUUCAGGAGAAACUCGCGGCGCUGAUCGCGUCGUCGGAGGAGCGUAUCGCCAUGAUGGAGAAGGAGCUCGCGCGCUUGGGCGCGAUCGAAAAGGCCUUCGUGCCGUUCACUCACCAGCUCAUCCGGACGCUGCGAAUGCGCGCGUUAGUGCAGCAGACCCACAAACAAGGCUCCGACAUUCUGGAAAGCCACCGCAUACUCCUCGCUCAGUACCAAGACGACCUACGCAAACUGCUGGAGCGCAUGGACCACGAAGUCGAGCUGCUCAAUGCCUGGGACGACAUGAUAUCCGCGCGACAGAGGCAACUUGAAGCGCUUCAAGAAGAGCUGCGACGCCUCCAGCUGCUGCAUGUAGCAGAGCGACAAAAGCUGCGGCAGCAACGCGACGAAGGCGACGAGACCUUCCUCCUGGGGAAGCUGCGGCAGGAGCAGGCACGCAUCGUGCACCGCAGGGAGAGAGCGGAGAAGGAUGCGAUGGCGCGCUCCAAGAUGACGCGCGUGCAGCUCGCGAUGGUGGAUGCGAAGGCUGCCCGGGAAGCCGCUGAAGCUGCUGCUGCAGGCGAAGAACCCAAGAUGCCUCUGCACUCGCUCCAGAUAUCAAACCACGACCUCGCACUGCACGAACGCUUCUUGAAUGGCAAGGCCGCUGACGCCGAGUACCUCCGCGACGACACUGCAAAGCAACUUGAUGUUGUGCCUGCUGAGGGAACAGCUCCGGCCGCGAGUGGAAGUGGCAAUGCUACGGCACCUGGUCAGGAGUCUGAGUCGAAAACUAGCGCGAUCGUAGGAGCAGCAGCGGCGACCUUAAGUGUAUCUGCCUCUGUUGAGGUUGGAAAUGGAGUUGUUAGUGGCAACAACGAGGCUGCUGGCGUGCUCUCGAAGCCGAAAGCUGCACGGAUAACGCGCAAGGACAGCAAGCCGAAACUCCGCGAGCUACCACACACGUACGUGCGCUUGGAGUGCUCCUUCCAAGACGGACGUAUCCAAGGUCAUGUGGUGAUCGAAUACAACGACGGCUCCAUCUACGAAGGUCCGUGGGUCGAGGACGCAAGCGCCAGCGCGACCAAACCUUUAAUCUCCAGCGCUGGAGCAGACCCGGAUCCGCCUCGGAAAACUCGAAAGCCUGCGCACAGACACUGGGGCAAGUUCACGUGUCGAGACGGCACCGUUUGGGAGGGUGAGGGCGUCGACAACUUCUUCUCUCCGUUCACAGCCAGCGGUGCGUACUUCCGCGUGACGUCCUGCCCAGCAACGCAUAUCUACGAAGGCUCUAUACGACGUGGCAAGUUCCACGGCCUUGGCACGCUGCACAUUCGCAUGGCUUUCACGCGCGGUGAGUACGUGGGCGAGUGGAAGGAAGGACAGCGUCACGGGUACGGCAUCGAGCGGCUGGACAACGGCGAGCUCUUCGCAGGCUACUGGGCUCACGAUCGCCACAACGGCCCGGGCGAGUUGGUGCUGGCCGACGGGUCUCGGUACGAUGGCUUCUUCCGUCGUGGACUCUGGCACGGACACGGCGUUCGCACUCUAGCAAACGGUGACCGCAUCUCGGGCGAGUUCCACGACGGCUUCUUGGACGGUCCUGGAGCAGUCGAUUUCGCUGACGGGAAGCACUACGCGGGGGCCAUGAAGCGCACAAGACGUCAUGGCCAUGGCAUCCUCGUGUUCCCGAACGGCGACAGGUACGAAGGUCCGUUCGAAGACGACGAAAUGCAUGGCGAGGGCGUGUUUAUCUCUCGGAGCGCGGGUGGGGAAGGCACUUUGGGCGGGAAGAACGAGCCGCUAGAGCGCCUUGGUCGCUGGGAACACGGCGAGCGCAUGAUGUGGCUGAGCAGGCCCAGCUCUCAGCUGGCGACGGCCACUUUCGUGCAGUACUUUGGGGUGCUGCAUCGCGAAAACGGCACCGGCGAGCUGGAGCUGGACCUGCUGCCCACCAAGUUCCGCACCCCAUACGCUGUCAUGAUAGCGCGGCAGUUGCCUAUCUUGCCGGAAGGUGUCGACCCCGAGGACGCCUUCGUCAAGGCUGUCGUCCACCUGCUCGCGAAGACGCAGAACGUCAUGGUUGGUGCCGAAGUGCUGGAGAAGGCAACCACUGAGCACGCGGCUGUGCUGAAACAGAUCGAGGAGCACGAACCAGAGCUCGAGAAGCUGCGCAACGAGCAGGAGCUGUGCGCGCGCACCAUGCGAGAGGCCGAAGCGCGGGUGGCAGCGAUGGCUGCUGAACUGAGCGAAGCUGAAGCUCAGGAGGAGGUCAUGCAGGUCAAAGUGGAGCAGUUCUGGAAGCAGGAUCGGCAGCAGCUCGAGCGCAAGUACCGCGAAGCUGUUGACGGUCUGCAUGCCCUCGACCCCAUGGACUGGUACAGGCUCCGAUCGGCAAAGCUGGACGACACGUUCAUGUCAGUGUUGAAAGCCUUUUGUGUACUGCUCACCUUCACCUCCAACUUCCAGCUCGAACUGGACGAAAAGGACCGUCUGGAUCAACUGGCCAAGUACGAGAAGCAGAAGCAGCAGCUCGGAGACAAAGCCACACUAAAACCUCCGCCGGAACCUCAAGAGUUCCCGUCACGAGACGACAUUCUGCGAUUGCUCUCCAACAGCGACGAGAACGUCAUCCUCGGAGACCGCGAAGGGCUCAUCCACAAGUACGCGGUCAAGGCGCUCUACAUCCUGCCGCUCUUCGACGCUUACUCGUUCGCUGAAGGAACUCGGCGUGCUCGGCUACUCUCGCUCACCAACGUCAUUCACCACCCGCGUCUCCGUCCAGGUAACUUCCAGCUGCACACAGUCUCUCCAGCUCUGGCCGCGACCUGCGUCUGGGUGCGUGCAGCGUACCAAUAUGCCUCCAAGGCUGCCGAGAUCGCCCCCACAGUGCAGCGCGUGCACGCGCAACGCUUGAUGCUGCUCCGGAUGCGCGAAGAGCUGGCUGCAGAGCGCGCAACCGAGCAGCAAGCGAUCCAAGCCGCUGAGGAUGUUCGAGCCAAGCUGGACGCUGCGCAGAGUACCAUGACGACGCUGCAGGAGUCUCGAGCCAAGCUUUGCAAGGUGCUGGACGACCUCGACGCGCUGGAUCGAGCCGAAAGCGAGCCGAUGGCCAAGCAAAACAUCACGCGCCCGCGAACGGGACUCAAGCUUGCUGAGACUCAACGUGCUGGGACGCCUAGUGACAAGAGCGGUGGGCUUGGCAAGCUUGACGAGGGCUCUACCGGUACUGGUGACACGGAACCAGAGGUGGCCGAGCCGAGUCACGAGCCGAAAGAGGCCGUUCUUGAGCGGAUCCUGUCGGACGCAGCUCUGGCCCAGGAGUUCUCCAUCCUCAAGCUCGAGGUGCACAAGGUCGUGAGUCGCUACGACGGCGGAGCGUCCGGUAAAGUGCCGCUGAGCGAGUUCCCGGCCGCGUACGAGAAUUCGAUGCACAAGCCCAUCGUGCCCAGUACCUUCGGCGUCAAGAAGCUGCGCACGCUGCUUGGUCUGCUGGAAGACGUCGUCGUCGUGGUUCCGCCUCAGCGCGAGGGCGAAGUGGAGACCGUGCAGCUCUGCCCCGAGCCGUCGAGCAGCGAGGACGAGGGGGAGAACGACGACGGCACGCCCAAACCCAAGCGCGUCCAUUAUCCAGCCCCACCUCGGCUGUUCUACUUCUGCCGGUCGUGUCCGGGCUUGAGCUUCGCCAAGGAGGGCGAGCUGCGCAUUCACGAGGCCACUAAGUGGCACUUCUGGAACGUGUCGGCUAAGCGCGAAGGCCGGAAGCCGCGUAAGUGGACGGUGGCGUCUUCGUGCUGGAGCGAGGUGUACGACGCGGAAUCGGGCGAGGUCUGCUACUACAACCGCAUGACCAAGGAGGUGGUCGCGGCCGCCGACGGCCCUCCCCCGGAGAUGCAGGUGGACGAUAUUCUGCUCGAGCUGCUGGUGGACGAAGCUCCGGCCGUCCAAGACGACACCCAGCAGCAGCCUGAGGAUCCGUGGGAGGAGGUGGCCGACGAGGCCGGCAGCGUUUACUUCUACAACCGCAGCACGGGCGAGACGAGCUGGACGCAUCCG